AUGCAGACUGCUGGACGGCCGUCGGGAGGCCUUGCCGGUAAUGACGAGACGAUCCGGAGUCUGACGGCCAAGGGCGUGCAAUGGUACUGCCUGGCACCGCCGGCACGGGUCGGAGCAGUUGUCCGCAGAGCCGCGCAUCACUUUGAAGGCCUCAUGCUCCCGCGGGUGGUCUGGCAUCGCAACCGCAAGCGCGGGCGAUGCUCGACGCGAGUCUACUCGUGCGCAGGCAAGUCGAGCAAGUGUCCGGCCGUCCUCCGCAUCACCUACUUUGACAUGCGAAAGGAUGGGACGGUGUGUGCUAACCCGACGACGCAUCCGCCAUCGCGCGGCGCGUGUAUGUCGGACCUCGCCCGCCCGCCUGUUGAUCCGCUUACACGGUUCAUGGCCGAGGCGGGCGUGCCGACGGCAUCAGCCGCCGGCGGCUCCCGGGCAGUCAUUACCGCCCCGCCAUCGGCCGAGCCCUCACCAACCAACGAGGGCGAAAGCGAGGUGGCUGGCUCCGGCAAGCCACGCAAGCGGCGCAACCGGGCUGCCGAGCGACGCAAGGGUCUUCUCGACUACAUCCUCACCAACUACCCGCACGCCGUCGAGGAAACGCCGACCGGGUGCAUUGUCUUUCUUCUCGUCCACUUUUACGGGGGCCAUAACCACCCGCUUAACCCGGACUCGCGGUCGAACCUGGAGCUCGCCGCCGAGCCGCCGCUUUCGCUCCCGCCGCUCCCUAACUCAGCCGAGACUGUCGCCGACGCCAGCCGCAAGCGGCGUAACUCAGCCGAAUCGUCGGAGGAGGACUCGGCCCGUGCCACCAAGCGCGGGCGGACCCUUGCUGCCGAUGCCACCACCCCAACCAUGGGUUCGCGCGGUGGAAGCGCAGCGACCACAAACGCGGGCUCGGGUGACGAGCGCGGCCCAGCCACGCCGGCCACCCUUGCCGAUGUGCGCGCCAUCUCUGAGCGGCUCGAGUCGCUGGAGGCCUUGAUCCGCAAUCUCUGCGACCGCGUCUCGCUCGUCACAAGCAUGAACCUCACCAGCAGCGCCUCGUUCGGCACCAUGCCCAUCGGCACCGUGAGCGGCUCCGUCGCUGGACCGUCGACCGUUCCGCUCGCCAUGCCGCCGUCGUUCUCAAACCUGGUCACGCCACCGGUUACGGCCCACUUUGACUGGCCUAUGCCGCCGCGGUUCUCCUCGCGGUCGCGGUCCAAGUCGGUCGGCGUCGGCACCGCCGUCGACUUCAUGGCCUCGGGCUCGCUCACCCGUCCGCUCCAGGUCUCGACUGCCACCGACCACGGUUCGGUCCACACGACGUCGACCGCCACCCAGGCCUCGGCGGGUCUCUCACUCUCGGUCGCGGUCGAUACUGAUGACCUCUUUCCGCUCGACAUGUGGGGUGUCAGCUCGGGCGUCCAGAGCUCAGCCUCGUCGGCCACGUCGCGGCCGCGCAUGAUGAUGAUCAGCGACGUGUCGCCGUCUGACCAUGUCCCCCCCGUCAUCCCGGCACCAGGCAGCGCACCCGCGGCACACCACGCAUAAAUCGAGUGUACUGCCAA